AUGUAUCAUCAGAAACAACAACUGAAAGUCAAUUAUCCAAUGGCGACUCCAUCUAGUAAUGCUUCACAAGCUUCCAAAUCGCGUGGUCAUUCCCUGUUUGAUCGUCAAGCACAAAGGCAUGGAGGUGAUUUGAACAAAGAAGCGAAUUCUGCUAUUUUGGAUAUUUCUGUUCCAACAACACCAUUAAGACCUUUUCAUUCGGUAUUAACUCCAUCUACUUCGUCAGUAGCACAACCACAUCGCAAAAUACCGUUGACAGCGACAGAAUCAUAUCCACAUUCAAACGACACUAAUGUUCGAUUAAUUAGUGUUAACCCAAGACCGGAGCCGGUUUAUGUUAAAGAAGUAUCAUCCGUUACACAAUCACCACCGUCCCUGUAUCCACCACUAGAGUCAGUUUCCACCCACUUGCAGGAAACUGAGUUUCCCUUGUAUGAAAAUUCUUCGACAGAUGAACCUGAAGACGUUCUACCUACGAAUACGACGUGCGCAGCUAUUGUUGAGCAAGCUUUCGAUUAUCUCUCAUCUCAUGACGACGACGACGAUGUUAUUCACGAAGCACAUCAUGAUGAACAAGAUGAUUAUAGUCAAAGUUUUGAUGGUGAUGACAAUGAAGAUCACAGUAGCAGCACAAAUGAACUUGAUGGAACCACAACUAUUAUUAUUCAUCAACAAACGGACAGUGAUGUUUCUCCAUUAGCGAUAACGGAAAUGAAUGGCAAUCCAACAAGCGAAGACAAAUUCGAUGAUCAACAGAUACCAACAGCUUCUUCGAGUCGAAGUGGAAUGAGUAAUGAAGAUUAUGACAGUGAUUUCGAUGACUCAUCACCAGAAGAUGACGAACAAGUCAUCACAAAAGACACCAGUCUUGAAGACGAAGAAGAACAGCAGAAUCAAAUCCUUAUACGUCAACAACAAAUUCUAUGGGGCAUUGUUCAAGAAUGGUCCAGAAAAGAAGAAUCUUAUUGUGAACAAUUGCAAAGAAUGGUGGAACAAUUCAGUUUUCUGUCCAAUGCAAACGACGCACAAAAAUUAAUUCAAGAACUGAUCGAUAAACACAAACAGAUCUAUCGAGAAAUCGAAGAUCUUUAUGAUUGUGAUCAAAAAUUGGACGACCUAAUAAAGCGUUUAACAAAAACAGUUGAUACAUUAAUGGACACAUUGCCUGUAUAUAUUGGAUAUUUCAAACAAAAUUUAGCACCGAUCAAAAAGUCAUUAGAUAAACGAGUAAUUCCGAAUGGUUUAACGAGCGAAGAUCUUCUAUCAGUUCCUCCUAAACAAUUCCUGCAAAUUCUUUCUCAAGUUCAAGAUUUGUACCAAACGUCACAAUCAUUCGAAUGCGACGACAAGGAGUGUUUGAAUAUUCUUUACCAUCACGCGUCAAGAUGCCGAGUGUUUGGCAAUACACAAGAUGAAAACAUUAAUAAAGUUAUCCUGAAAAAUGAAGAAGUGAUAGUCAAAUCAUCGCGUGAUCAUCGAGAGCGUUAUCGAUUAGUUUUGUAUCCUGAUGCAAUCGUUUGCUGUCAUUUAAAGUCAAAGUUGCUCGCAAGUCCAAAAUAUGUUGUUGUAUGGUUCAUUCCAAUGAUUGACCUACAAUGGGAAGUUCCUGAAAAGUCCGCUGAUGAGAAUGCUGAUACCGGUGACGAAUUGAAAACCAGUCUGAAAUCAGUAUAUAAAGAAUUAGAACGCGGACCGAAAACCAAUACAACACGUUUGUCAAAAAAUAUUCGUAAACACGAGAAUGAAUUUCAAUUAGCACAAUCAAAACUUCAACUUCUUCUAUCGAACACUUCGCGCCGACCGGCAACGCCACCCCAUGUGAUUCUCUUUUCAUCGGCCUACCAAUUACAAGAUUGGGUAGAUUUCAUCGACAAAACCAAACAAGAUCUUGUACAACGCAAUUCAGGGGUCAUGGAAACAGGAAAUCAUGCACCUGCACGUUUGACUGACUCGAUUAUACAAAAACGAUUGGAUUUGAUUAAACCAAAUGUUCAUGAAACUAAUGCCAAUGAUUCAUCGUCGACCAUUCAGACGUUAACGCCGAGUAAAACAUAUUCAGGCACAUUGUAUAUCAGUAUACACAGUAUACUUGGCUCGGCUUUGCAUAGUCCUGGACGGCAAUGUCAAACUUUACCAUUAGCAUCUUCAGCACAACAGAAGAUGCAGAAGAAUUAUCAGUUUUAUGUUGCGGUAGAAAUCGAUUCAUACAAUACAUUUUAUCCUCAUGCACAAACUUCGAGACAAAUUAUGCAACAAAAGGAAUCCGUUGAGUUCAAAGACGAAGUUUUCCACAUCGAACUGGAAUAUUCGCUAGCAUUUCGUUUACUUAUCUACCGUAUUGAUACUGAUACUCGAAGCAACGAUCAUAGUUUACAACGUCCAGUAUGUAUUGGUAAAUUUCAUCAUGAUAUCGAAACCGCACUACGUGACUGUCAACGUAGUCCCAGUGGAACGAUUUUUCUUGAGUCACAAUCGGGAGAUUUGAAACUAAAAAUCUCGUUGAAACACUCCAAACGCGAUGGAACAUUUAAACGUCAAGCAUCGAAACGAAGUCUCGCUGUAUUCAGGAAAAGUAUUGAGAAAUUAAUGAGCACACCAAGUGGACUUAUCGAUGGUAUUCCACGUAUUGUUGUUAAAUGUAUUGAAAUAGUUGAACGUGAUGGUUUGACUGAAACGGGCAUCUAUCGCGUAUGUUGUGUCGCAUCUGAUUUACAAAAGCUUCGUCAUGAAUUCGAUCGAAAUUCUAAUCGCGCUGAGGAAAUCCUUGCUCAGAAGAACGUUCAUGUCGCUGCUAAUCUACUAAAACUUUUCUUCCGUGAAUUACCCGAUCCAUUAUUCAGUAGUGUUCUCUACAAACAGUUUCUCCAUGCGGUACAACUAACUGACAUUGAUAAUCAACGUGUCACACUAAUAAACACCAUCGACUCAUUACCUGCUGCGAAUCGAAAGAUUCUCUUCUAUCUAUUCGAUCAUCUUAUACGUGUUAGUCAGUAUUCCAAUCAGAAUAUGAUGCAUUUAGAAAAUCUAGCCGUCGUUUUUGGUCCAACGCUAAUGCGUCCAUCGCAAUUGGUCAUAACGACAAUUUAUGCAGAUAACAGCAAUCAACGUUCGAAUGCUGUUGGAAACGGUCAAGGAACGUCGACUGAUCUUGAUCAGAUGUCUUCAGAACUGCAAGGUUCGAUGUAUCAAUGUCAGGUUGUUCUUGCAUGUUUAAAAUUACGACGAGAUCAAAUCUUGAAAUAG